CUGCAAAAAGUGGGAAUUUUUAACAUUUUUCAAUAAAUUUCGUGGAUUUCGUGAUAAAGAUAAGGUAUCUGAAAUCACGGAAAAGGAUUCUACAUCCGGGAGGCACGGAAAGAACACCCUCCGAAACCGCUCCGGCAAACAUCAACGGACGGGCUUGCUUUGAUAAAAAUGAGCGAAUCUGCUCCGGUAGCAGCGCCGGUGACGGCGGCAGCAAGUUCCCCGGAAAAAGACGACCUCAAGCGGCGCGCGUUACCCCGUGGAUUGCAGAAACUGAUCGAGCGUUGUCUGAAGAUUUACCCGGAUCAACGGAACCCACUGCAAGUGACCACCGUGCUAAAGUACUGGCUCGGUGGUCAGGAUCCGCUGGAUUACAUCAGCAUGUACCACAACGCAGGAGACGCGGAACGCAAUAUUCCCCCUCACUGGCACUACGUAAGCUUCGGACUGUCCGAUCUGCACGGUGACGGUCGGGUGCAUCUAGCGGACACUUCGGGCGGCCUGGAACCGCGAUCCGGGAUGGGUUUCGAGCUUACCUUUCGGCUCGUCAAGCCACCAAAUGCAUCCCCCGAUGAACGGCCACCAACGUGGCCAGCGAAUCUGUUGCAGUCCCUGGCGAAAUACGUCUUCCAGUCCGGUAAUCGGCUGUGUGUCGGUGAUAACAUACCUUGGCGUCGGCCACUAGAUGGCCGAAAAGUAACCGUCCCCGGGCCGGUAUCCAGUAUCCAGCAGAUGUUGAUCGCCGAAGAUCCGCAAUUACCGCGCACGGAGACUCCGUUCGGUUGGGUUGACUUUCUGCAGAUCGUUGGCGUGACGGCGGAGGAACUCGAACAGGCAUCGCGCUGGAAUGGCAAGGGAGUGCUGAAUUUGCUUGCCAAGGAUCCAGCCACCGGUGGUCCGUGGUUGAUCACGCACAUGGACCGAUCGCGCAGCGUGUUCGAACUGUUUCCGGAAACCCUCCGGCAGCUUGAACUCGACCUUGAAAAGGAAGGUUCCGAUCUUGCCGGUGUGAAUGCCGAUUUCACCUUUAAAGAGCUAGCCAAGGGGGCGCUCACGCCAACGACGGCGACAACGACCACAACGAGCAUCAAACAGGAAGUGCUCGAUCCCGAAGAGGAACUGUCACGUUCCAUCUCCUCCUGCAACAUCGCGGUGAAGCAGGAAUCGGGUGACGAUUCCCUCGAACGAUCCGGCGGUUCCUCAUCCGAUAUGGUCAACCCAUUCGACAAUCCAAUCAUUCCGUCUCGUGCCUUUCCGUUGACCGGUCUCGAGCUAACGCUCGCACCGUAUGCGGCCAAGUUUCUGAUUCUCGCGAUGAGGGAUCGUAUCCGGCAUGGGCGGCAUUUCACGUUCAAGGCACAAAGCAUGGCCGUCACGUUUGUGGCCGAAUCGGUGACGGGAUCGAUUGUGAACCGUGCCUCACCGUACGCUGUGCUGGGUUGCUGGGUGCAGAUUCUCAUACCGAACCGUCUGGUACCGCGAAUGGUCGAGUGUUUGAGCGAACUCGGUACAAAGAGUGCCGAAAGCCUUAAUAUACCACUUAGCUACGAGUGGCCAGAGCAUAAUCUCAAGUUCAUCAUCGACAAUCCGUCACCGGAACUGCUCAACAAACCGGGUCCGAUACUGGCGUGAACGGUGAACGGAACAUUUAUAUUUACUCUUCUUGACUUUACUCGCGAUAAGUGCCUUUCCUGACUGAGCAGGAUGAAUACUAGAUCUGACUGUAAUGCAUCAUGCAGCUCUUCAAGAUAUUUACAAUUUAUAACUAACUCUUUUUAUGUACGUAUUUUUUUUAAUAAACCAGACUUGGCGCCUUGUUUGUAAGGCGCUUGU